AUGGGUGGUUCCGAUCCUUUCCCCGUCACUGUCUCGUCCCUUCAUUUCCCGUCCGCGGAGCUACAGUCGGUUUCCCAGACCCUGUCCUCGCUGCGACGUUCCGCGCUCUCCCUCACUAACCGUCUUCGUUCCAUCGAGACGGACGCCACCUUUGCGCAGGAAGUUGCUGACCACUACGACCUUCCUCUGGUCGCCAAUGAAAGAUGCGGUAGCUGGUAUAUUCCACCGGACGCCAAAUCGGGCAGCACGUACUUCAAGAGCACCGAUGGGCAUACCGGUCAGUGGGAUUUUAGCUUUCGCAGAUUAAACCUGCAGAUUCUGCCAGUUGCUCGGGCGCAUGGAGGCUGUAUUAUAGUGGAUUCCACCCGCCGCGGUAAAUUGAUGCCCGAUGCUCUAUCCAAGACUGUGCCAAUCUGGUGUGCAGUUAUCAAUCGAGCCCUGUUCCCCUCCGACAGCGCAUACCACCCUGUGCAGUUUCCGCCAAAUUUUCUAGGGGCUUCGGAGGAGUCCCAAAUUGAACGACGCAUUGAUGGCUUCGUCAAAUCGCUUACGGAUCUUAAACUAGAUUUGAUUCAUCUCAGGCAGCAACUGGGCAAACCCAUCCGGGUCGCCUGGGCUAAUCGCUCGUACUUUUAUCCCACAGAUCUGCACAAAGGAACUGAGUAUAAUCUUUUCGUCCUCUGCUCCGCGUCCAAAAGAGUUCAGGGGGCGGAAAUCUCAGAGGGCGGGUACAUUCAGGGCGCGGGGGACGACAGCGAGAGCUGGGCCCAUGGUCUAACACCACCAGUCUUCUGGGCCAACAAGUCGACCUUCUUUCAAACUGACGAGGAGGACUUGCCCCGGCUCAUUGAGAAGCUGGUAGAUGAGAAUCGUAAGCCGGACAGCACUCAAAAUGCCACACUCGUGGCGCCCACGCAAAAUUUAUACAUAAGUCAAACGGAUUCGUGUAUGAGCGAAGUCCCCUACGAUCUAGUUAUUGACUGCAACGCCAAUCAAGAGUCCUCGGAAGACAGUUCAAAGCGACUGAAUCUUGGCUGCGGGUCCUCCAAGCUUGGAGGUCGAGACCUGCGAAAUCAUUUAGACAAAGUUCGAGCUUUUGUCAAUUCUCAAUUACGGGCCGAUCCGUCACGAUCAUUGCUCGUAACGUGUGAAUCCGGGAAAGAUCUUUCCGCUGGUGUCCUGCUCACCAUCUUAUGUUUAUUUUACGAUGACAGCGGGGCCUUCUCCUCGCCUACCGAACGUAAUAUCACCAAACAAUUCAUCCGACAGCGUCUAGCUUGGAUUGUGUCGUCCAAAUAUGACGUAAACCCUUCACGGACGACACUACAAUCGGUCAACGCUUUCCUCAUGCAAAGGCCAGAAUACUAG